UAUCGGGAGCUUGAGAGAGAAGCAAAAGAGAAAGAGAAGCUGUCACAGACAGUCUACAACUUCCUCACAUGUAACCGCCAGCGGAGGAAGAAAUAAUAAUUACACGGAUUUACAAAUGCCAUUAAUCCUGUGACUGGGAUGGAAAUAUAUGAGCCGGCAACGAGAAGUUGUUUGAUCCGAGUGGUAGUGUGAGCACAGCAAGAAGAAACUCAUGGCAGAUGUCAGUUGAUGAUGUCGGCUUUUCUCCACAACUCAUCAUGGAUUUCAACUGUCGGCCAUUCCCGCAUACCAAAACCUCCUGUCUGGCUGGCCUCUGCUACAUAACGCCUCCCUGUGUCUGACUGGUGACACCUGGGAUUUGCAGGUUGUUGACACCAUGACCCAGAUGGACUACAAAUACACCCUGCUGGGCUCCCUUGUGGACGACUACCGCAAGAGGCCAUUGCUCUUGCAGGUGGAUGACACGCCCAUGAACUUGUUUGCAGUCCUGGAGGUGAAACGAGAGCUGCCGAGGCGCUGGAGCACUCUGGGCUGCUUCCGCAAGAUCCGGCUCUACAGCUUCCUGUUUGGCCUGGCUGUCAUGUUCCUCAUCAUGGCUUCGUAUAUUCUGACAGGAGACAAGAAGGGCCUCCUCCUCACCCCUUCACCCUACCACUUCAGCAGCCUGGUCAGUCCAGGACCUUUUGCCUUCAACCUCUCCUCAGUCAAGGAUUACGCACAUAUCAAACUAGUGGUCAAGUCCAUCACAUCCAAGGUGGAGUUUCGCAGCAGUCGACAUCUCCCUGAGCUCAAGGCACUGGUUAAUAGUGAGCCACAUAUGUUUUCUGUUGUCCCCCACCAAUUCCUGCCUGGUGUCAAGAACCCCUGCUGGUAUGAGGAAUACACUGGGAAUAUCACUUCGGACCCAUACAGGACAAACUUGUAUGCACGCUACUCGAGGCGCUUCCGGACGGUGUUUCAGCACUUGAGGAACACUUUCCGAGAACACUUGUUUCACCGCGACGGUAAACUCUACCGCAUGCGGUGCCUUCCAUAUUUCUAUAUCAUUGGCCAGCCAAAGUGUGGCACAACGGACCUGUAUGACAGACUGAGGCUGCACCCUGACGUCAAGUUCACCACUUUCAAAGAGCCACACUGGUGGACCCGAAAGAGGUUUGGUAUUAUCCGUCUGAGCGAGGGCUUUCAUGAUAGAUACCCAGUGGAAGACUACUUGGACUUGUUUGAUCAGGCUGCUUACCAAAUCCAGGGCAACCUCACAGCAAAUGCCAGUGGAAGCCCCAGCCAACCUAACAUCAUCAUAGGAGAAGCCAGCGCAUCCACCAUGUGGGAUAACAACGCCUGGGUGUAUUUCUAUGACAACACUACAGAGGGAGAGCCUCCCUUCCUUAUCCAGGACUUCGUCCACGCUUUGCAGCCUGAUGCCCGCUUCAUUGUUAUGCUCAGGGACCCAGUGGAAAGGCUCUACUCUGACUACCUUUACUUUGGUAUUGCCAAUAAGUCUGCAGAGGAUUUUCACGAGAAGGUGUCAGAGUCGCUGCAGUUAUUCGAGGGGUGCCUUAUGGAGUACACAAUGCGCUCCUGUGUGUACAACACUACAGUCAACAAUGCCAUGCCAGUCAGACUGCAAGUUGGCCUGUACAUUGUGUACCUAAUGGACUGGCUGACCGUCUUCAACAGGGAACAGAUUCUGGUCCUGAGGUUGGAAGACCAUGCCUCAAAUAGGAAAUACACCAUGCACAAAGUCUUUGAUUUCCUUAACCUGGGGCCACUGACGAAAGAAAGAGAGUCAGAGAUCACAAGAAGUCCAGCAUCAAACACCAGGAGACCAGCUGACAAAAACCUAGGACCCAUGCUGCCCAUUACUAAAGAGAUCCUGCAGGAUUUCUACAUGCCAUUCAAUGAGAAAUUGGCCAAAGUGCUGCGGAAUGACUCCUUCCUCUGGGAGAACAACUUUAGACUCUGAACAACCCAUCUCCCAUUUACUUCAGUAAAGAAAACACUGUCACCCAGCUCCUUCAUUUCUAUUUCAUCUCUCUCAAGUGCCCAUGAAAAUCAAUGUUUUUUAUUUAAAUUAUUUUUAAGUUAUAAAAGCAGAAAUGAAUCAAAGAUAGAAAAUAGCACAAGCGAGUAUGUUGAGUGUGUGUGUGUGUGUGUGUGUGUGUGUGUGUGUGUGUGUGUGUGUGUGUGUGUGUGUGUGUGAGUGAGUGAGUGAGUGAGAGAGAGAGAGAAAAUACGAGAGAAAGAUAUUGGCAGGUCUUGAUUGUUUUUUUGUGACUAGAUGUACAAAAUUAAAUAGUGAAUUUAAAGAUGUUAAAAACAGAGUCCUGUAUUGUCUUUUAAGUUUGGUUUGACUAAUUAAACGAUAACACGCCUCACAGA